GUGUACGCGUAGCACAUGCUACACAGUGACAACAAAUCCGGAAGAGGAGGGAAAGAAAGUUGGAAAAUGUUCGCUGCAAAAAUAUUAUACUUUGCUUAUUUUCUGGCAACUUGUCAGAGUGCUUUUAUAGGACCAAAAGAUUCCAAAUGUGGAUACGAGAGUUGUAAUCCAGUGAAAGAUGACAUGAUCAAUGUCCACCUUGUACCUCAUACACAUGAUGAUGUUGGCUGGCUGAAAACUGUUGACCAGUACUACUAUGGCUCUAAGAAUGGCAUUCAAAAUGCAGGAGUACAGUAUGUUCUGGACUCAGUUGUAAGGGAGCUAUUGACAGAUCCAACAAAACGUUUCAUCUAUGUGGAGAUUGCGUUCUUCGCUCGCUGGUGGAGAGAACAGCAUGAUAGUAUGAGGCAUCUUGUGAAAGGACUUGUCAACAAUGGUCAGCUGGAGUUUAUUCUUGGUGGAUGGUGUAUGAACGAUGAAGCUGCCACACACUACAAUGCCAUCAUAGACCAACAUUCUCUGGGCUUUGAAUUCCUCAGACAAAAUUUUGGCGAGUGUGGUAGACCUAAAAUAGGGUGGCAAAUAGAUCCAUUUGGUCAUUCCAGGGAGCAAGCCUCAAUUUUUGCUCAGUUUGGUUUUGAUGGUAUGUUCUUUGGACGUCUGGAUUUUCAAGAUAAAAAUGAGAGAUUGAAGAAUGUUACCAUGGAAAUGCUGUGGCACGGAAGUCCAAAAAAUCUUGGUGAGCAAGCAGACCUCUUUACAGGAGCACUGUACAUCGGUUAUGGCCCACCUCCCGGAUUUUGUUUUGAUAUCUUCUGUAAUGAUGACCCUAUACAGGAUGAUAAGCGUCUCCAUGACUACAAUGUAGAUCAGAAGGUCAAGGACUUUAUAAAGGCUGUUGAGGAACAAGCUAUACACUAUAAGACCAAUCAUAUUGUGAUGACAAUGGGCUCUGAUUUCUUGUAUCAGAAUGCUAACCAUUGGUACAAGAAUCUUGAUAAGCUUAUAGAGUACACCAACAGACUGCAAACCACAAACAAUUCUAAGAUAAAUGUCCUGUAUUCAACACCGUCCUGCUAUCUGUACCAGUUGAACCGAGCUGACCAGGUUUGGACGACCAAAAGUGAUGACUUUUUCCCAUAUGCUCACCAAAAUCACAGUUUCUGGACAGGAUAUUUCACAAGUAGAUCUGCAUUAAAGGGAUAUGUUAGAGAGACUAAUGCUUUACUCCAGGCCUGCAAACAACUUGAUGCCUUGGCAAUGCUAGAAGACAUUCAUAAUAGUACAUACAAUAUCCAAAUACUUAAGGAAGCAAUGGGAGUUGCACAACAUCAUGAUGCUGUCUCAGGAACAGAAAAACAGGCUGUAGCUGAUGACUAUGCUAUGAGACUUGCAUAUGGUAGAUCUGAAUGUAAGAAAGUAAUGAAUGAUGCAUUAGGCAAGUUGAUACCAAAAGGUUCAGAAGGUUUCCCAGGACUGGUAUGGUGUGAUAUGUAUAAUAUCAGCUCCUGUAGUUUUACAGAAGUCAACAAACAGUUUGUUAUGGUAGUGUAUAACCCACUUGGUCACUCUGUUACAAGAUGGAUCAGACUCCCUGUGGUUGGUAAGGCCUAUACUGUGAUGGGACCUUAUAAUGAAGUCAUAGAAACUCAGAUGUCCUCCGUUACAGAUCGUACCAAGGACAUUCCAGAACGAAAUGGAUCAUUAGCAUAUAGUGAUUUGAUAUUCCAAGUGAAAUUACCUCCCCUUGGUUUCAGUACAUACUUUGUCAGUAUGUCAAAUAGUGCAAUGAAAAAGAAACAGCAGAAACCAGUAAAGAAAAUGUUGAAGGGAAAUGAAGAUUUUGUCAUAAAGAAUGAGCACAUAUCAGUGAAGUUUGAUGGUAGAACAGGAGCCAUGAAGUCGAUGACAAACCUUGCAAGUGGUCGAGAACUUGAUGUUGUACAAGAUAUUGUGUACUACCUAAGUCACCCAGGCAACUGCAGUAAACCAGAGUUUGAGCCUUCCGGUGCUUAUGUUUUCCGUCCUCUACAUGAAAAACCAGAAACAUGGAAAGUUUCAUACCCUGGUGAUGCUUCACAGGGUCCUCUAGUACAAGAAAUUUAUACAAAGUUUAGUUCCUGGGUUACACAAGUUACAAGAGUGUACACUGGAGAGAAGUAUACUGAAAUUGAAUGGACAGUUGGACCUAUUCCUAUAAAUGACAAGCAAGGUAAAGAAGUGAUUGCAAGAUUCAAUACUUCAUUGAAAACAAAUGGAAAAUUCUAUACAGAUGCAAAUGGAAGAGAAAUUCUUGAGAGACAGAGAAAUUAUAGACCAACUUGGAAGUUAAACCAGACAGAACCAGUUGCUGGUAACUAUUACCCGGUUAAUAGUAGGAUCUUUAUGCAGGAUACAAAAGAAGAUACGCAGUUUACGGUGAUGACUGACAGAUCACAUGGUGGGGGCAGCAUUAAUGAUGGUCAAAUAGAAAUCAUGUUACAUAGACGUAACCUGUUUGAUGAUUGCCUUGGAGUGGGGGAACCACUAAACGAGACUGGAGCAGAUCACAAAGGAUUGAUUGUUAGAGGUAAAAUGUAUGUGUUUAUGGAUACUGUAGCUAACUCAGCUAAGAUGCAUAGAGAUUUAGGGUUGAGAACAUACAUGGCACCUAUACCUGCCUUUGCAAAAACUGAUAUGAAAUAUUCCGAGUAUUCUCAGUAUUUUAAUACGAUGUGGUCAGGAAUCAAGUCACCUUUACCAGCCAAUGUUCACAUGUUAACUCUAGAACAAUGGGGUGGACCAGCUAUAGAACCUGCAGCCACACAGCCAUACCUGAUACGUCUUGAACAUUUCUACGAGAAAGGAGAGGAUGCAGAGUUAUCUCAACCUGCCACAGUUUCAUUACAGGACCUGUUUGUGCCGUUCAACAUAGAGAGUGUAGAGGAGUUGACACUAGGGGCUAAUCUCCCCAAGUCUCAACUUAACAGACUGAAGUGGAAAUCCCAGGAUAAAAUUCUUACUGAUAAACAAAAUAUGUACAUGGUUGAGAACAGGGUACCGUUGACUGGACCACUGGACAUAACUCUGACACCAAUGCAGAUUAGAACAUUUGAAGUAAAUCUUAAGAAUGGUAAACCAGUCAACGCUGCAGACAAGUUCUCUGUAUUUUCUUAGAGAAAAAGUGGCUCCAGUUUGUUUAAACUGAAAACCAUUCAUAAAUAUUUGACUGGUUUAUUGAGCAAUAGACUGUGUUUUGUGUGUAUAAUUUUCGCACAAGGAUUUGUACAUAGGAGUUUAUAUGAUUGUAUUUGUGUUUACUUAGAAUAGAAAUCCAUACUACAGCUGUAUUAAAUGCAUUGUAGAAAUGAAACUUCGUUUUUUAAGGAACUCCACUGAGGUAAAAUCUUUCAGUUUUUGGUCAUUUUUCACAAUAAAAGUGAUUAUUCUGGGAAAAAAAGAGGUAAAGGAAGGGUCUUACCUACAUCAAAUUGUUCACAAAUCUCAGAAAAAUAUUUCCAGUCCAGGCAUAUUAAAAAAAACCUCUUGACAUCUCUUCUAACUAAAAUCCAUUAAAGAGAAUAGUUAAUAGUUGUUAUAUAUAUGCCCGACUCAAAAGCGGCAUGCUUUACUUUGUUUAUAAUUAUUUUACACAUAAUGAUUAAGUUCAAGUUGUUUAUAAUUAUUUUACACAAUUAUAUUCUUUAGUUUAAGAGAAGAAAUUCAAGCAGCUGUUUUAAAAUGCACAAUAAUAUGUAUACUGUUUAAAUGUUAAGGGAUAUUAUAAACAAGUAGUUUUACUGCAUUAUCACUUUAUUCCUUUUACUAAAUUUCCGUUUUUCAUCAAGAAAAUGAAAUAUACAUGUGUAUAUUGUUGAUUAUUUGUUAACCUCUGAUUAUAAUCAUUUAGAAAAUAUAUUUUUGCAUAAAUA